ACUCUCGUAUAAUUAAUUAAUAAUUAUAUUAGAUUACUUGGAUUAAAAAUCCCACUCUUGCGUUCUUUUCUCGUAAACUAUAUUAUGGAAUGUCAUGUAAUGGUGAAAUUAAAAAAUACACCGCCAUGUUGUAAUUUAAAUGGUGUGGGAAAUGUUAGUGUAAAACCUUCAUUGCAGGUGAAUGGCAAUUGAUAAAUAGUGAAUGGAAGAGUUUGUUCAUUUAAACAUCAAAGCACACUAAAAACAAUUUAUUAGAUACAAAAAGGAAAUGAAUAAAAGCUCUAUGGAAUUUUGAAAUAUCAUUCAAGUGAAUUAAUUUAAAAUUAAAUAUCGCUGAAAAGCUGUAAUAAGCAGUGCUCGUUUACAAGCGCAUCCGUUACACUUGUUAUUGAUGUAAACAAAGAAUUGUUUGUCAGUUUGACGUAUGACAAAGACAGAUUGUGGUCAAAAAGUUCCGAGACAAGUUUCAGUUUUGUGUGGGAUGUCAUUUACUAACCAGAAUACUUCAACGUCCAAUUACUACUUUAAUUGAAGAGAUUUUUAAGUAUAAAAUAUUACAGACGAGUAUAACUCGCCCUGUUGUCAACAUAACCUCAAAACUGCAGUGCAAGAAGAAAAAUGGGUAAUAUGUGCAAUGAUUGUAUGGCUCGCGUGCCUUACGCGACCCUUAUAGCAACAAUUAUGUGUUGUUUGGGUGUUGGAAUAUUUUGUGGCACAAUGUACAGAGGUGCUACACUUUCAUCUCUCAUGAUGGAUCAGGUUUUUAAUUUUCGUCUCGGCUGGUUGGAAGCUGUACAAUUAAUUUUCGCAACAAUUGGAGCAAGUAUGGCUGCUUUAGGCUUUAUGAUCUUGUGCGUUGGUUGCUUAGCCACUGGAGCAACAAGACACAAAGUUUAUCGUGCUUGGAGAACUAGAGUUGGAGGACGAAUAUCCUGUGCAGUUUUUAUGACCAUUACCUAUAUUUUGCAAUUGGGUUGGAUUUUAAUAUUUGCCUUUAUGGUAAUUACUACUUUUGUUUUCACAACUUUCUGGGGUCUGUGUAGCAAUGAACGAGUCAAAAAUUUGGAACAGUGCAUUGAUUUCUCACAAUUUAGUUUCAUGUUUCCGAAUAAAAUAAGACCAGAAGAUUUAAAAGUAUGUGGAGCACAGGAAGUGAAACUUUUUUGUAGAGAUUAUGUAGAAAAGGCAGAAGUAAUGUUCAUUUUGGCAACAGUAGCAUCAAUGUUGGUCGUUUUGAGUUUAAUACAUUAUUUAAUGUGUUUAUCGGCAAAUUAUGCACAUAUUCGUGAUCAUGAAAAAUUCCAAGAAUUACAAGAGCUUCAAUUUCUUCAAGAUCCCAGUGAUCCUGAUUCUCCUCAACCUGGAAUGGGAACUUUGAGCUCACAUCAUCGUGAUAAAGAUAGAUUUUAGGAUACUGCCCGCGAGAUCUUCAUGAAUCCCUAAUAAGCCUAAAUACUCUUCUAUAUAUAUAUAGGAUAUAAAAGGGUGAGUUGCUCUUUAGCGAUCGAUCUGUCUCUCUAAACUCUAUUCUCUCUCUUAAAGCGCGCAAUUUUCGCGAAUGUCCAAUAUACACAAAAAUCUUUUAUAUUUUACUAUGAAGUUGUAUAUGAUAUUCAAAAUGAAAAAU